UUCAUUGAAUCAUUUUGUUGUGACAGGAAGAAGAUGUUGGCUGAGAUUCAAGAGGCCUCAGCUAAAGUACUUAGGUUUGGAUCUGUGAUUCCUAUUUCAGGAUCUGAUUUUGUUCGAGAGGUGUCACAGGCUCCAUCUGAUGUUUGGGUGGUUGUCAUCCUUUACAAGGAUGGGAUUCCUGAAUGUGGCUUGUUGAUGCAAAGCAUUGAAGAAUUGGCAAGAAAAUAUCCUGCAACAAAAUUUGUUAAGAUAAUAUCUACAGAUUGUAUCCCAAACUAUCCAGAUCGAAAUGUUCCGACUUUAUUGGUUUAUAACAAUGGGGCAGUUAAAGGAAAUUACGUGGGUCUGCAUAGUUUCGGGCGAAGAUGUACUCCUGAAGGUGUUGCAUUAGUGUUGUGCCAAUCGAAUCCUGUUCUUAAUGAUGGUCAUAGUAGAAAUGAAGCAGUCAUUGAAGGAGUCCGCAAACAGUUUAUAGAAAAAAUUGUUGCUGAUCAUGAAGAAGAAGGUGAUGAUUACUCAAGUGAUUAACAUUUCUUUUCUCUUUCUUGUGUUCUUUUCUUUGGAGGUGGCUGUGUUUCCAACUUUCAUUUGCUCUCACUUUUAAAAUUUUUCCUAAAAAAACACUAGUGCUAAUGUUUAAGCAUGUGUUGUAUAGUAAUGAGAUGAUUUUGUCAGCUAC